AUGCGCAAGCCUCCCAAUCCCAAGUGCAGCCCUGCGCCCGUCUCCUUCAAAAACCUCACCCCGAGGCCCGUGGGCGAGCGCUACGGCGACGACGACCUCGUCCCCCCCGGGAUCAAACUGAAGCAAAAAAAGAAGAAGGGGGGAUGUACCUCGGCCCGGAAGCCUUUUUUAACCUCCCACUGCCCCUACUAUCCGAAGAGGAGGUUCGGUUUGAUCCCAUCUUUCCAGGCCAUACCCCGCCGCCUUUGGUCCUGCCUCGUACCCUUCCCGGAACCUACCCCGGGGAGCCCGAUCCGGACCACCUCGCCCCACUUCAAGGCGAGCCCCACGGCCCUUUCGGCGGCCCGGGCGGCGGCCAGUUCGGCCCGAAAUAUCCCCCACCUUUACCGCAAAACCCCGGCAGAAGAUGAUUUUGUAGAGGAAGGAGAUUAA